GGUGACAACACUACCGGUACAUCUAUUUCUGAUUUGAAUGUAAGCAGCGCCACGGCUAGGGGCAUGGCCCUGAGGAGCAGGGACUCGGGCAUCAUACUGGAUGCACAAUCAUCCCAGCAAGAGAGGCAUGUUGCUGAUGUGAAUGCAACCAGGAACAAGGCCUUGAGGAGCAGAAAAUCAGCAGCUCCGCAGGGCAUCGUAUCUGGGCAGUCACAUGUAGUGGGUACAGAGCCUGAACGUACAUUGUCAGAAGAUUAUUCACCAGAGCAGCAUUCAGGAUCCCCGUCUGAUCCAGGCAUACAAUCAAAGUGAUCACUUCUGCUGCUACUCUACUCUUCUCCUUUCCUCCAUUUUAAUUCCAAUUCUCCUCAAGCUAUUAUCAACCAGACUUUUUCAUUUUCCAUGUAAGCUUUCUUGGUUUAUCUUCAUCUGCAUGUGUAAGUAUGAAUAUCAUAUGUAUUGUUUGUCUGUAUUCUGAUUUUCACUGUUCCUUGAGCCGAGGGUAUAUCGGAAACAACCUCUCUAUCUUCACAAAUUAGGGGUAAGGUAUGCAUUCACAUUACCCUGCCGAUACCCCAUAGUGGGAUUACACUGGGUUUGUCGUUAUUGUUGUUGUUGUUGUUGUGUGUCUGUAUAUGCAUAAUUUUGUCAUUUUUUUCUCCAUCAUCUUUGAAUUCUCUUUCUUUGUUGGAGUAGUUUCUGUUAGCCAAGAUUUAUUUUUUUAUGUUCAGAAUGAGCUGAAUUGUCCUAAAAUACCACAGUUAGAAUGCUGCAAAAGAAGGUUGAAGAAAUUGAUUCUUUUUCUUUGUUAACAGUAGGUAUCAAGAGUAAUGAAAGUGAGGAGUGAUCAGAUUGUUUUUCAAUUAUUAGGUCUUAAUAAUUUGGUGAACGAUAGAAAAUAUAAAUCCAAUAAUGGCUAUCCAUCUGUUGUAGUUCUCUCAAGUAAAUUAUUACUUAACUGUAGAAUUCUUGUUAUUUUGGUUCUGCCUAACCAUAAUUGAAUUUUGUCAGUUUGCUUCCAAAUGGAAAAUUCUGGAGCAAGCACUUUCAAUUAUACUCCUGUUGGUUUAGAUGCAUUUUCAGAAGAAGAAUACUAUUCUCAGUCUACAUUACUCAAAGAGUUCACUGAAAUCCCAACAAUUGAGAAGGCGUGGACUUUAAAAUCUAACACUGGAGGCUCACAGGUUAUGUUCUCAAUUAGCCAACCUAAUCUCCUGGAAAACAAGAAAAGGAGAUAUGUAUCAUAUAGUCACAUUGCCAAAGAAAGAGAUGAUUCUGUACAAUUUCAUUGGGCUGCUUUCCCCAUUGAGAUGGGGACAGCAUCUUUGAUAGUUCCCUCUCCAUCAGGUUCAAAACUUCUUGUUGUUCGAAAUUCUGAAAAUGAUUCUCCUGCUUGCUUCGAGAUUUGGAGUUCAUCUCAGGUGGAAAGGGAGUUUCAUGUUCCUUCAUCUAUGCAUGGAUCUGUGUAUUCAGAUGGAUGGUUCGAGGGAAUUUCCUGGAAUUCUGAUGAAACUUUGAUUGCUUAUGUUGCCGAGGAGCCUGUUUUUGCAAAACCGACAUUUACAUGUCAUGGCGACAAGAAAGGGAAUUGUCCAGAUAAAGAUUGUAAUAGCUGGAAAGGUCAAGGGGAUUGGGAAGAGGGUUGGGGCGAAGCAUAUGCGGGGAAAAGACUACCUAAGCUUUUCGUAAUCAACAUUAACAGUGGAGAGGUACGCGCUGUAGAUGGUAUUGAGAAGUCAGUGAGUAUUGGGCAAGUUAUUUGGGCUCCAUCGAUGAAGGACUCACUACAAUAUCUAGUGUUCGUAGGAUGGCCAUCGGGGACGAGAAAGUUUGGUAUCAAAUACUGCACUAAUAGGCCAUGUUCUUUGUAUGCUGUUAGAGCUCCUUCUUUUAGAUCAGAACCAGAACAAUCUGCAACGAAUGCAAACCUAUUGGCGGUUGUGCUGACAGAAAGCAUAAGUAGUGCGUUCUUCCCUCGUUUUAGCCCAGAUGGAAAGUUCCUGGUGUUUUUAUCUUCAAAAAGUGCUGUAGAUUCUGGAGCACAUAAUGUAACAGAUUCACUUCAUAGAAUUGAUUGGUCCAUUGAUGCAGAGCCAUGUCCGCAUAACAAAAUUGUUGAUGUGGUUCCAGUUGUGAUGUGUGCUGAAGAUGGAAGCUUCCCUGGGUUAUACUGUUCUAAUAUUCUUAGUAACCUGUGGCUUUCUGAUGGUCGCACUAUGGUUUUAUCAUCUGCCUGGGGCAGCACCCUAGUUGUACUUGCCGUGGAUGUCUUGAGCGGAGAUGUAUCACGUAUCAGCCCUAGCACAUCAGAGUUUUCAUGGGACGUCCUUACUCUGGAUUGUGACAAUAUAAUUGCAGUAUGUAGCAGUCCAGUUGAUGUUCCUGAAAUCAAGUAUGGUUAUCUUGUCGGGAAUGCUUGCUAUAACACUAAAUGGAAUUGGCUAGAUAUCUCAAGCCCCAUAACCAAAUGCUCCGAAAAGGUGAGUUCUUUGCUGUCAUCCAAGGAGUUCUGUAUAACGCCGAUACCUAUUAGAGAUGUCUCGGAGAACCUUUCAAAAGGUGCAAGCAAACCGUAUGAAGCUAUUUUUGCAUCCUCUAAAUCAAAGAAGCAUGAUGCAUGUGACCCGCUAAUCGUAGUCCUUCAUGGGGGCCCUCACUGUGUUUCAUUGUCAAGCUUCUCAAAAUCUUCAGCUUUCCUUUGCUCGCUUGGAUUUAGCUUGCUUCUUGUAAGCUACAGAGGUUCCUUGGGAUUUGGUGAGGAAGCACUGCAAUCUCUUCCAGGGAGAGCGGGUACGCAGGAUGUUAAUGAUGUACUCGCUGCCAUAGACCAUGUCACUAGUAUGGGACUUGCAGAUCCAUCCAAAAUUGCUGCUGUUGGUAUAUCUCAUGGUGGAUUUUUGACGACACACUUGAUAGGCCAGGCACCGGACAAGUUUGCUGCUGCAGCUGCUAGGAACCCAGUGUGCAACCUGGCGCUAAUGGUUGGUACAACUGAUAUGCCUGAUUGGUGCUAUUUUGAGGCAUUUGGAAGUGAAGCAAAAUCAAACUUCACAGCAGCACCUUCAGCUGAACAUCUUGCUCUAUUCUACGACAAGUCCCCCAUUUCACAUGUAUCCAAGGUCAAAGCUCCCACGCUCAUGGUAUUAGGUGCUCAGGACCUUCAUGUGCCCAUUACUGAUGGAUUACAAGUAUUAUGCGCGGCAUUAAAGGAGAACGGAGUAGAAGUUAAGGUGAUGAUGUUUUCUGAUGAUAUACACGAGCUCGAUAGACCAAGAACAGACUUUGAAAGUUUUCUUAACAUUGGAGUGUGGUUUAAGAAGUACUGCUCAUAGAUUGCCAAAUAAAUCAGUGUUUCUGCAACAAGAAUUAAGGACAGUCCAGUGCACAAGGCAUCCCGCGUUCACGCAGAAUUUGGGGAAGAGCCCCACAUCCCAGGGGUAUAAUGUAGACAGUCAACCCUAAUUCAAGCAUUAAUUGUUGCUUAUAAAUAACUUUACCGUUGCUUCCCGCUCCCUUCCUUUCUGCAACAAAAAUGUUUAGAGAUUUACGGCCUGCUCUUCCAAGAAAAUGAAGGUCAUAAUUGACUAAAAUUCAUCAUGAUCAUACUACUAUACUAAAUUGCUUGUAAUUCUCUAUAUAGCACUUUAAAAUAUGUCUCUUAUUGGUCAAAUGCAUAGUUCACUUUUUCA